AUCUCAGCUUUGCAUUAAGGUUUAAAUUGCACUAAAAGACCAGUGGAGAGCAUCCUUUCAGUUAGAAGUCUGCUGGCUCUUCUCCUGAAGAUGAUAUCAAUGAGGAUCCUGUGUGUAUUGCUGUGCCUCAACUUAGCCUGGGCAGAAGAUGGAGAGACUACCUUUGAAAAGGAGGGUGCAGGAGUGCGCGGUCCCAGGAUUGUGGAGCACAUGUCCCAGUCCACAUGCCACUAUGAGAAGAAUUGGCCCAUCUGUGCAGACGAUGACUGGGGUACAAAAUGUCCAUCAGGCUGCAGAAUGCAAGGACUGAUUGAUGAAACAGACCAGGAUUAUAAUCACAGAAUAGACAAAAUCAAGAAGCUGCUUGCAGAAAACCAAAACAACUAUAAAAAAUCCAAUCGGAUUAUUGUGGAAACCAUAAAUGUACUAAAACCAAACCUGGACAGUGCUCAGCAGACUGAUGAGACUUAUGGUCACGUGUCAGCAGAACUGAGGCGAAGAAUUGUGACAUUAAAGCAGAGAGUUCUCACUCAGGUGAACAGAAUUAAAGCUCUGCAGAGCAGCAUCCAGGAACAGGUGGUGGAGAUGAAGCGCUUGGAGGUGGACAUUGAUAUUAAGAUACGAGCUUGCAAAGGAACCUGUGCUAGAAGUUUUGAUUACCAGGUGGACAAAGAAAGCUAUGACAACAUCCAGAAGCAGCUUACCCAAGCCAACUCCAUCAACUUGCACCCAGAGCUUCAAACCACCACCUUGAGCACACUGAAAAUGAGACCACUUAAGGACUCAAAUGUUCCUGAGCAUUUUAAGCAUAAGCCUCUGCCAGAAAUGCAAGCUCUGAACAUAAUUAAUAACAUUAGGCAGGUGGAAGCAGUAUUAGAAAGAUCAGAAACAGAUACAAGCCCCUCCAGAGGUGACAGCUUGUACCACAUGGCAGAAGCGAGGGGGGAUGGACCUUCACGCAAAUUCAUUACUCCUACUCAUGGGAGAGAAACCCUUAGUACGGGAGACAAAACCUCCUCCACUGUCCGUAGAUGCACUAAAACUAGCACCAAAAAAAUUGUCACCGGCCCUGAUGGCCCUAGAGAGGAAGUAGUUGAAAAAAUGGUUUCUUCUGAUGGCUCAGACUGCUCCUUUUUACAAGGAGGAUUCCCUGAUAUAGAAUCAUUUUUUUCCCCUGACUCUCCAUCCACUACUAAUAGACGCUUCGCUGGGUCUAGCAGCAUUUCAACUACCAGCCACGUAACUGGCACAGGCAGUAGCCACUUAGGUACUGGAGUAUCCAGUCGUCCAGGGUCUUCUGGGGGGAAAGGCAAAUUUACAGACUUAGGAGAGGAGGAAGAGGACGACUUUGGAGAACUUCAUCCAUCUGGAUUCCCAUCUGGCAGUGCAAGUCACUCCAAGACUGUAGUGACCAGCGCCUCUUCUAGUUUCAACAAGGGAGGCUCCACUUUUGAAACCAAAUCACUAAAGACCCGUGAAAUAACUGAGCAGCUAGGUGGGGUACAACACGAUCAAAGUGCAGAGGAUACCCCAGACUUUCAUGCACGCAGCUUCAGACCGUCAAGAUUGAAGCAAAGGAGACACAACACUGGGAAAGACUGUGAUGAUAUCCGCCAGAAACACACUUUUGGUGCCAAAAGUGGCAUUUUCAAAAUCAAGCCAGCGGGAGCCAAUAAGGUUUUGUCAGUUUAUUGCGACCAAGAGACCACUUUGGGAGGAUGGCUAUUGAUCCAACAGAGAAUGGAUGGAUCAGUGAAUUUUAACCGGACCUGGCAAGACUACAAGAGAGGUUUCGGCAGCGUGGAUGGCAGAGGGCGAGGAGAGUUAUGGCUGGGCAAUGAAAACAUACACUUGCUGACUCAGAACAACACUCUCCUUCGAGUAGAGUUAGAGGACUGGGAUGGGAAUGCUGUGUAUGCAGAGUAUAUCGUACGGGUAGGGUCUGAAUCCGAAGGGUAUGCCCUUGCUGUGUCUUCCUACGAGGGGACUGCUGGGGAUGCGCUGAUCACCGGCUGGCUGGAGGAGGGCACUGAAUACACUUCCCAUGCCCAGAUGCGGUUCAGCACCUUCGACCGGGACCAGGAUCACUGGGAGGAGAGCUGUGCAGAGAUGUACGGGGGUGGCUGGUGGUACAAUAGCUGCCAGGCAGCCAACCUCAAUGGCAUUUACUACCUGGGGGGCCACUACGACCCUAGGUACAACAUUCCUUAUGAGAUCGAAAAUGGUGUGGUCUGGCUGCCAUUUAGAGCCUCUGACUAUUCCCUCAAAAUUGUUAGAAUGAAAAUCAGGCCCAUAGAAACCCUGUAGAAAGACAGGCUUUUGAUAUAUAUGUUACAACUAAGUAGGAAAGAUUUUUUUAUACAUGUAUGUACAUGAUGUAUCUUUACCCUGUGAAUUUGAAGGCAACUGGACACAUCUGUGGCUUAAAAAAUAAACAUUGAUUAAUUAUUAAUAAAAUAGUUCUUCCAUCUUA